AGCGCUGCUGCCGGCAGCCUCGGCGAGUUCCCCGGGGAUGGGGUCUCUCUUGCUCGGGCUGCGUCUCUUCGGUUUCGGGCUUCGGUGCGGUCUUUAGGCAGGGGAAAGGGGCGGGGGAAGGCGGCUCCGGACCACCCGGCGGGGCCCCGAGCAGCGGCGGGAGCUGGCGGGAGCCAAUGGGUGCCGGCGCGGCCGUGUGACAGGCGGGGCGGCCGCUGCCCCCGCCAGGCGGGGAACCUGCACGGCGGCGCUUGGCAGCAUCAUCCGCGGCUGCGGGGCUGACACACGCCUCCAUCCUCCUCUCUCCCGGCAGCCGCUCACACGCGCCUCGCCGCGGGCGGAGCGGAGCGAGGGGCGCCCCGGCAGACAAAGCAAAGAUGGCAGGGAUCCUCGCCUGGUUCUGGAACGAGCGGUUCUGGCUGCCGCACAACGUCACCUGGGCGGACCUGCAGAGCACGGAGGAAGCCGCAUUCCCGCAGGCGGAGGACCUCUACCUCGCCUUCCCCCUGGCCUUCUGCAUCUUCAUGAUCCGGCUGCUCUUCGAAAGGUUCAUUGCUAAACCAUGUGCCUUAGGCCUUAAAGUCCAAGCCAAUGGACCCCAGAAAGCUCAACCUAAUGCUAUCUUGGAGAAGGUUUUCACAGCUAUUACAAAGCAUCCAGAUGAGAAGAGGCUGGAAGGCCUCUCCAAGCAGCUGGACUGGGAUGUACGCAGCAUUCAACGUUGGUUUCGACAAAGGCGCAACCAGGAAAAACCCAGCACCCUUAGGAAGUUCUGUGAGAGCAUGUGGAGAUUUACAUUUUACCUUUAUAUAUUUACCUAUGGAGUACGGUUCCUGAAAAAGACACCCUGGCUCUGGAAUACCAGGCAGUGCUGGAGUGGGUAUCCAUAUCAGCCCCUGAUGCCUGACCUUCAUUACUACUACAUCGUUGAAUUGUCAUUCUACUGGUCCUUAAUGUUUUCUCAAUUCAUUGACGUCAAAAGAAAGGACUUUGGAAUCAUGUUUACACAUCACAUUGUAACAGUCACCCUGAUUACCUUCUCAUACGUAACGAAUUUGACACGAGUGGGAACCUUGAUCUUAUGUCUCCAUGAUGCAGCUGAUAUUGUCCUAGAGGCUGCCAAAAUGGCAAACUAUUGCAAGUGUCAAAAACUGAGUGAUCUUCUGUUCCUUACAUUUGCCGUUGUCUUCAUUGUCAGUAGGCUUGGCAUAUAUCCCUUAUGGAUAUUAAAUACAACGUUGUUUGAACUGUAUGAAGCUCUGGGCAAUUUUCCUGCCUUGUGGGUCUUCAAUGUGCUGCUUAUGGUUCUUCAAAUUCUGCACUGUUUUUGGUCUUACCUAAUCAUAAAGGCAGCCUACAAAGCUAUUUCAAAGGGCAAGGUAGCAAAGGAUUCCCGAAGUGACGUUGAGUCAAGCUCAGAUGAGGAGGAAACAGUACCUCGCUCAAAGGCCCCGCACAGCACUGUCACCACGAAUGGGACCAGCGGUGCCAAUGGGACAAAUGGGUAUCUUACUGGUGCCACUUCCUCAGAGGAGCAUUAAUCCUUCAGUUCAAUCAUGAGACACAAACAGAAUGAACUAUUUGCUACUGGAAGUAAAUUAUAAGUUGUGAAUGCGGUUUAUUCAUGUAUUUCAGCAUCAGAAAAAAUUAGGAGUAUCAAAGCAUUCUGAUAGCGCACUGCCAUAUUUCCUGUUUGUGAAUGAAGACAGCACACCAUUCUGUAUACGUAGGCAUGCUGUAUGUGUAUGUAACUGACACAAUGGGAGCAGUAUUUUCACUUGUACUGUCUGAAAUCUUAUUUAUUUUUUAUUCCUUUGGGAACUUCUGGACAAAAGGGAAUAUCCAUUCUCAAACUUUGUGUCUUGGAUUCUCGGUAACAGAGAGCAUCAUGCUCAGAUCUCUUCUGUCCAUCCCUGU